GUAUUCAGCUUGGUACUAGAAACAGUCUCUUGAUUAAAAAUAACGAAAGUUUUUCAGAGCGUGUAUGCCAGCUUGAAGAUGAGGCAAAAGAACUCAAAAAUGAGAUUAAUCAAAAAGAGAUUUCUCUUGCAAAUGCUAAGAGCGAGAUUGCUACAAAAUUGGAAGAGAUACAAGCUAUCCAUUCAAGAGUAGAGGAAUUAGAGCGGGAUGCUUCUUUAGCAGAGAAGAGAUUAUUAGAGAUGGAUUCUCUUAAGCAUAAAUCUGAACAGGAAUACAUAAAACUAUCUGACGAAAAUUUUAGUUUAGAUUUGGCAAAAAUGGAGUUAGAAGAUAUACUGGCCAAAAAAAAGGAUGAAUUAAUGCAGGUGAAAGAGGAUUUGCUUUUGGCGCAAAA